AUGUCGCUGCCCUUCCCAACCAACCGGUUCGGGCCCAGCUUCACGCUGGGCCCCUCGGCCACCGCCUCGACAGAAGCCACCCGCACGCCCGAGGCCACCUCCUUCCCCACAGGCAGCUCCUCCAACGACGGGCCCGCGUUCCCGAACAACAUCCUCCAGCAGUCGGGCCUCACGCCCGGACAGGUCAUCGGCAUCUCCGUCGGCGCGACCGCGGGGCUCGUCUUCUUCGUCGUCGCCCUCGGGUGGUUCUGGAACUGGAGGCGCGAGAGGCAGCUCAGGAAGCGCGACGCCGCGCUCGUCACCGCGAUGCACAACGCAGACCCGGAGAAGCCCGAGGGCACGAUGGGCGCGGCGCAGAGUGCGGGUGCUGGCGAGAUGCUAGAGAUGCCUGCGCCGAGGGGGUUGCACGAGAUGCCGGAGACGCAGCAGGGCCCGGCGAUUGAGCUGCCUGCGCCGGUGGAGAGAUCGGAGUUGCCGGGGUAA